CCCCCCCUCCGCCGCCUCCGCGGCGGCCCCGAGGCCGCGCGGCCCUGCCGCUGCAGGGCGGCCGCUCGGCGGGCCGACGGGGCGGUCCCCUCGACGGCAGGAGGAGGAUAAACCAUUAGGAGGAGCGAUGGCGAGAAGAGCAGAGGAGGAGGAGGAGGAGGAGGAGGAGGAGCAGGGCGAGCCGCUCGAGGAGCAGGCUGGAGAGCACAGGAGCGCACGCGGAGCCCUCGACGAAUUCAUGGGCCCAUGCUCCACCGCCACGGCCACAGGGUAGUGGUGGUGGUGGUGGAAAACUGGCCCAUCACUCGAGGUCCGUAAAAGUCUCCUCGCAACGGCGCUGCGCAGCGCGCCAGGGGCGGCGCCGGAGGCGCCGCCAGGCGGGGACCCAGCGCCGAACCAGGCAAUCCGCGCGGAUCUCGGAAAUCUUCUGCUUGUGCUGCUCUAAAGCUUGCCCCUCCACCAAGACGUUGCUGCUGGACCCGGGUGCGCCCCGGGAGCAGCGCGCCCGACGAGAGCGCACCCUGCCCUGUGCACGGCGGCCACGGCGGACACCGGGCGCGGCCGAGGCACCCCGCGCCCCUCGCCACGGGAGCUGCGCGAGGCGGGGAGUCAUCCACAUUCGGCGGCGUGUACAGAGGGGG